AUGUUUACAGACGAAGAUCUGAAGGGAGUACAAGUUCCCCAUAACAACGCAUUAGUAGUCACCCUACGUGUGGAUUACAACAUCGAGAAGAUCCUCAUGGAUCAGGGGAGCUGCACUGAAGUGUUGUACUAUAAGGCCUUCAAACAGAUGGGACUGGAUCCAGCCGAGCUUGUGGAAUCCAUAAUGCUGCUAAUUGGGUUUAGCACGGAUGUUGUUCGGCCUCUCGGAAGGGUGACUUUAAAUGUAUGGGCUGGAUCAAUAGUCUUGCCAACAAAUUUCUUGCUAGUGGAUGUACCUUCCUCUUAUAAUGCGAUCAUUGGAAGGACAUGGUUGCAAAGGAUGAAAGCGAUAUCUUCAACCUAUCACCAGAUGGUCAAAUCGACAGAGGUCCAGUACCAGCCGACACUCAAAGAUGUUUGGGGGGAUCUAACCAAGAAAGCGGUAGAAGGAUUGAGGAAGAUCCAGAUUGGGGAUGACCUAGAAAGAUACUUCCUUAUCAAUGAAACCUUAGCCGAGCAGGAAGAGCAGGGGAUGGUUUGGUUCUUGAAGCAACACAUCAAUGUGUUUGCUUGGACACCAAAGGAAAUGCCGGGGGUAGAUCCUGGAGUAGUCUGCCAUCACCUAAAUGUGGAUCCCCUGCACAAACCUGUGCUGCAAAAGAAGAGAAGGUUGGCAAUACAACACGCAAAGGCGAUGAUAGAGGAGAUAGAUAAGCUUCUAGAGGCAGACGCAAUUAAAGAGGUACACUACCCCGAGUGGUUAUUGAAUGCCGUCGUGGUAAAAAAGAAGAAUGGCAAGUGGAGAGUUUGCGUAUACUUCAACAACCUAAAUAAAGAUUGUCCCAAGGAUAGCUUUCCCCUACGGAGAAUAGAUCAAUUGGUAAAUGCUACUCCUAGGUUCAAAAGGAUGAGUUUCCUCGAUGCAUAUCGUUUAUAA